CAAACAACUAAUCAUUUUGCAACUUGCCUCUUCACUCUAUUCUCUUCACACUCUGCGUUUCUCACUCUCGUCUUAUGAGACGAUGGCUGGCUCAUCUCUGGCCUAGGGCGACCUUCCCGAGCUUCGCAACGACACAAUCGUCGUCAGCGCUCUCCUCGCGAACCACAUCUUCUGAGGGGCAUGCCAGUCCAACGUCAUCACCGAUGUUCCCACUACUACCCAGACCUUUCUCGACGAUUCGUACAUCUCUGCUGCGCCGCCCUUUUUCAACUUCACCAGCGGCGCUUACAACGGAUUCGUGAAGAAUGAUAACGCUGUGUGCGUUUUGUCCGGAGAGCUG